AUGAGUGAAGGGAAUAUGAGGAGCGUUGGGAGUGGAAAGGAAGGAGUGAUUAGGAAGACAGCGUACAACACACGGUACACACUGGCAGAGAUAGCGAGGCUUUUGAGAGAACUACUUGUCACGCCCAGUCCACGUAUGAACAUGCUCGGGAUAAGUGUGGAGAUGCUCGAGCACACGAAUGUGCUGCGUUGUUACCUGACAGGGGUGUGUGAGGAGAUAAACAAAGUAAACGGGAUCGACGACGAGCAACGCGCGGCAAUUGACGAGAUAAUUACGACGCACAGGGAUCACAAAUACGCAUCCAAGUAUAACAUAGCAGUCAAGGCGAUCAAAAUGCUGCACAUACACGAGACGAACCUCACCGAACUGACACCUAAACGGCCUGAAACGGUCAAGCUGCGCGACAAGUACCUCCCGCACAAAGACGAGAAUGGCGCAGAAAGGAACGAGAUAUACUACUACGCUAUCAAGGCUAAGAAGAUGGUGAAUGAGUGCAGGAGAGUGGGUUUGGGAGACAAGGAAGUCCUGGAGAGGCUGUAUGGGAAUGAAGAGCUGUCGCGGCGGAAGAGGGAGAUUAUCGAUAUCGCACUGCCUUUCUUGCAGAAGUACCUCGAUCGAUGUGAGCAUGAUUGGGUGUAUGUCACUUCGAGAUUCAAUCUGAUCGAGAGGGGGAAUGGAGAGAGCGAUUGA